CAGCUGAGCUACAGAGGACCAGAUUACCUCAUGAUAACACUUCUGUGAUUUUCUCCAUCAGGUUAUCAGCAAUGCGUUAUCGGUGUGGGGUUUGGAGCUGACCCUCUUCAACAGUCGAGAGUACCAGAGGCUUAUGAUAAACCCAAUGUAAAAAUCACACUGGAUGUGAUACAAAUCUUCAAGUUCCUGCCUUGAAAUUUUACUUACAAAUGUAUUGGAUGGUCUAUAUCCUCUUGGCACAUCAAUUGAAAUAAUGUCCUCAUGUUUCAGAAAUGAAAAGGCAUUUAUAUGCAACUACAAGGAGCACUGGUUUACAAUACGAAAACUUGGGCAACAGGUAUAAAUUGUGAUUAAAAAAAACUUGUAUAAUUAAUUUCACUUCAGCCGUCUGGGACAGAUGAUAUAGCCUCUUGAUUUAACCCUAUAUGUCAUUGCAGUGGUUUAAUUUGAAUUCAUUAUUGACUGGACCAGAGCUGAUAUCAGACACAUACUUAGCUCUCUUCCUUGCACAGUUACAACAAGAAGGUAAAACAACCUGACAUAUGUGAUUUUGUUUAAAUUUUUGUGCUGUUGAUUUCUCAGAUUUGCUAGUUGGUCAAAGAAGGCCUGUCUUUUUGCAGGGUAUUCCAUAUUUGUGAUCCGAGGAAAUCUCCCAGAGUGUGAAGCAGAGCAGAUACUGGGGAUCAUGAAGGUGCAGCAGCAAGAGAGACCAAAGCUGAUUGGAGAGGACAAGGCUCAGUCGAGUAGUGGCAUGGGGUAAGAGAGAAAGAGUAGGCCUACAGAGAGUAGGCUCCAGAUCACAAAUGACCACCAUUCACCCAUACUGUCAGAUUGAUGUAACAUCUCGAACUUAAACAUCUAGAGUCAUUUGUAUUUUCUAAGGGGAGAGAAUGAACCCCCACAAUGCUUUUCACCCUGAGCAGCAGAUCAUCAGGGCAGGGUAGUGUGCUGGAGACAGGCCCUGGCAUGGAAGAGGGUGUGGUGGAAGAGGAUGAGGAGGAGCUGAGGAAGGCCCUGGCCCUGAGUAGACAGGACAUGGAGGUGGAAGAUGAAGAGGCUGACCUUCGCAGGGCCAUACAGCUCAGCAUGCAGGGUAAGGCUGUAUUGGGUAAGCAACAGUUAAAAAUCACCCAGAAUAUCACACACUAAAUCGAUUCAUGAUACAUUUCCUGAUUUAGAACUGUAUAAAUGAACAGACUACUAACACAGUCAUUAUGCAUUUUGCACCAUGUGUGACAAUAUGAUUUUUUUAAAAGUAUCUUGACACUGAUAUCUGUCAUUUUGUCUUUGUCUGCCUCGGGCCAGUAAUGAGCGAUAAGUCAAUGCCGAAAGGGGGGCUUAUUGCCAAGACAACAUCGUCAGACCAGGCACCAGGGAGUACUGCAGGAGGAACACCUCAGAGUGAGAAACUCUCAGCCGAGGAACUGCGAAGGAGGAGACAAGCCUACUUUGACAGGUGAGUGCUGUACCCUCUGGAAUAUUCUUCUGUUUGUGUCCAUGUGUGCAUGGCUGUGUGUGUGGUUAUAAAAAAUACCUAGACUGGGCAACGCUAACCUGUAAAUCCACUCUGUUUACCAUGUAGACAGUCCCAACAGCUGGCUAAGCCCACUUCACCUCAACAACCUACAGAAAGCACAGGUAUGGGGGAAAUGAGUACAUACAGUAAUAUUUUGAGUACUGUCCCUUUGAAUUGAGCUAAUAGGUUGAGACUCAAACCCAAAAAGCGAAUGCUCCCUUGUCUAAUCUUUUCCAGGAUCCGGGAAGAUUGCCACAGAGGAGGAUGCACAAGCCAAACGCAGCCAGUAAGGUGGAGGGAGGUCCAGCAGAAGCCUACGUUGACUACUACCUGCCUUGGCUGGUACCCCCAUCACGGGGAAACCUCAUCCCCUCCUCUAACCCUUCCAAUGAGUGAACACAGCUCUCCAAUGAGUUUACACAGCUCUCUUGGCUAGUUCGCUGACAAGUUGUAGAGAAGAGAAUAACAACAAAGAAUAAAGUGCGAGUCUCAUCUAACACAAGUGACGCUGAGGCCAGGAAGAGGGCCUCAAGUCUGUGACGGCCUUUCUACCACAGCGCCUUCUUUGUCUAAUUUGUGUGUUGUUGUUUUUUAUUCCUACGCUUGUUAUUUUCCUCUGGGAGGGGUCUUAAUGGCGCCUACUGUGCCGAGGUGUGUUUGGUGGGGGGUAGAUGGGCACAAUGGUGAGGUGUGUUACAGACAGGAAACCAGGAAUUACCUAGGAUAAUCCUCUAGCCUUCAGUAUGGGAGUGCUACAUGGGACCACUGGUUCGAUUGAGGUAGAGGUUUGAUAGAGACCAUCAUAGUCUCUUACCUUCUCUUUCACUUGGGUCUUGUAAGAGGUCACCAUUUCCCCCAAAAAACGAAUUAAAGAAUAGAUUGGUAUCCAGUAGUGAGGUGAAUUCAUUUUUAGCUGUAUUAGUGCAUAAUGAAAAGAAACAUGUUAUAUAAACAGCAAUAUGUUGUGUGGGUUAUUUUAAAGGACUGAUCUGACUUGCCACAGCUAUUUUAUUAAGCACCCAGGCCACCACCAUGGUUCACAAACUGAUUUGGUUUUUUGAAGAUGUAUAGAUAAACACUUUUAAUACAGUAAUAAAGUGAACAAUGUCAUUUACAAUUAUUGUGUUUACAUGGAAUUUGCCAGUUCGGAUGUGCCAAUUCAAAGCAUGUAUUUCACGACACCCCCCCUAAAAAUUUUUUUUGCCUCUACAGAAAUAGAACUACAGUACAGUAAUAUCCCAUGUAGAGUUUGAGAUGUGCUCAAAGUUAACUUCUCAGCUAAUUUCAUGAUUUCAUUCUCUUCUUGAUUCUUGAAAGUGUUCUUGUUUUAUUAGAGAACAAAAUUGUUACUACAGUUGUGAUCCCGCAAUGCUUUGUGUUUUUUAUGAUUGCAUAAUUUUCACUUCUUUACAUUCUUCAAUAGGCACUAAACAAUCAGAUGUUUGUUAUACUCCACAUCCCCAUGUUAUUACAUCAUUCUCAUUCCUUUGCUGUAUCUAAAACAUUUCUUUCCAGGAAUAAAAUUAUAUUUGCUCUUACUGAAGUCUAUGGAAUCUUGCUUCAUUGAUCUAUAACCAUGGCUGAAUUGUUUAAUUAAAUCCUUGUCCUAAUUUGUUUGAGUUGAAUCAUUCCCACUUUUGAACGUGUAUACUUUAAUUGUUAGUACCAAAUUCAUUUUUAAAUCAACCAAAAUAACAGACUUUAACAGUUUGAGUAACCCUAGCCCAUAGUUAAUAGAUAACCCUAAAGGCACACUUGCACUUUGUCUCCCCAAAUAGUAAAUGGAGGGUUUUGACAUAUCUUGCUGAUACCCAAGCUGAAAGGUAGGUCUGUUAUUGAGAAGUAUAUAACUAUUUGUAAUAAUAUAUGUAUAUACAGUAGGUCUAUUAGAUAAGAUACACAGUGUUGCUUUGUUGAAAUGUGACAAUCUUAUUUGAGAGUUGUGAUUUUGAAAACCCCUAAAUAGCGAACAAAAUUGGCUGACAUUUCUUUUGAAAUUACUCAAUUGAAAUUGUUUUCUGUCUCAGUUUACUUUGUGUAUGAUUCCUGAUACAAUGCAUUAGUAAUUGAUACCAAACCUAUCUCUUGCAAUUUGCCCAUAGGACUUAUAAGUACUAUUGCAGGUUGGAUCACAUAAGUCACCAAAGAACUAUGAUGAUGAAGGUGGAACUCCUUUUCCUCCUGACCUAUGUCUGCACCCUCACCCCUGUCUACCAAACUCAAGAGCGGAGCCCCAACAUCACAGACCUGACCUUCAAGAACAUGGACUUUGCUAUGAAUCUCUACAGGAAGAUUGCUGGUUACCAUGAUAAUAACAUAUUUUUCUCACCCCUGAGCAUAUCCACAGCUUUUGCCACCCUCUCCAUGGCAGCACAGGGUCCCACACGAGACCAGAUACUGAAGGGGCUCAACCUGGCCCACCUAGAUCGGGACAACCAGCCAGAUAUAAUUCCAGAACUCUUCCAACAACUCCAAGGGAACAUCACACAAGAUGGAUCAUUGAAACUUGACCAGAGCACCGCCCUCUUCGUCCGGCUAACGUUUGAGGUAGAGAGAGACUACAGUGACCAGAUCAAGAAAUUCUUCAACGCUGACAUCAAAAAUGUUGACUUUGCAGAUAGAAAAGCUAGCGUUGCCCUGAUCAAUGACUACAUCAUGAGAAAGACUGGUAACAAAGUCAAGGAGGUGGUCUCUAACUUGGAUCCACUUACCAAACUCAUGCUCAUCAACACAAUUUUUUUUCAGGGUGAGCAGCUAUGUCAUGAAUUCUCUGAUUUAAGCAGUUCCACCAUAUCACUUAAAAAACAUUACAUUUUACUAGUUAGUACGUUUAGUUUAGACUUGGGUCUACCAUAAUUGCAUCCCAUCAGUAUAUCUUAUUCAAAGUUAAAUUGCAUUGCCUAAAAUACCACAUUAACACAUUUUCUUCCCAAUAAAUAUGCUUUGUCAUAUUUUGAAUUUAGGUGAAUGGCAGAUGCCCUUCAACCCCAAUCACACAGAAAAUGAACGUUUCUUUAUUGACAACUACAACAUUGUCCAGGUGCCCAUGAUGUUUAGUAUGGAGGAUAAGUUCUACACAAUGGAUGACAUUCCUCUGAACGCCAAGGUGCUGAAGCUACCAUACCGGAAGGGCGUUUCAAUGCUUAUUCUGCUACCCAACAAAGGCCUGGAUUAUACCACAAUAGAUGACGAGAUCACAGCUGAGAGAUUCCUCAGCUGGAUCAAAAACCUGAAAGAAAUGUAGAUAGAAAAGUCAAGUGUAUUUUGUGAUGAAACAUUGCAAAAUUGCAUAGGUUUUGUAAGAGUUCCGUAUUGUAUGAAAGUUGUCUGUUUUUUCACAGGAAACUGGAAGUUCAACUGCCCAAAUUCAAGAUGGCGCAAUCCUACGCCAUGCACAACAUCCUUCAAGAUUUGGGUAUAUCCAGUAUCUUCCAUGACACCGCUAACCUCACUAGGUUGAGCAGAGACCCAGGCCUGAAGGUGUCAGAGGUCAGUUGGAUUAACAGGCCUUAACCAAUUUCCAUCUGGAUCAAUUGAGAAAUAUACAAUUAAAUUACACACUGUGGAUUAAUAACAAAUAACAUAUUAUUGCAAUGAUAAUGUGGUUACAGGUGUUGCACAAGGCAGUGAUCGAGGUGGAUGAGAGAGGCACCACUGCAGCCGCUGCCACAGAAGGCACCAUCACUGGAUACGCCUUACCCUCUUCUUUCAUCGUCAACCGACCCUUCUUCUUUUUUAUCUACCAUGAGGUCACUAACAGCUUGUUGUUCAUGGGCAGAGUGAUUGACCCCACCAAAAACGGACUGUAAUGAGUACCGUGCAUUUGGUGUCUGGAGAGGUGUUGUACAUGUAAUAUGUUCCAUUUGUAUGUAUUAAAAGGUGAACAGAUAUUCAACUGGUUUGGUGAUCUUCCUAAUAUAAAGACAGCAACCUGAACAUAUCAACCCUGCCUGAGUCCUUAAAUUAAAGGCAUGAAUCACAUAUUAUCUAAAAAAUGACGCAAAUAUGACCAACAUUAGAGUCCAAUUAAUGUUACAGUAUAGAUAACCUUUUCAUAGAUAAUAUGUAAGAUCUGCUUUGUUAAUGUCUUCAUCACCUCAGACUCACAUUCCAGCAACACAGCUCUCUGCUCAAACUAAAUGGUUACUAAUAAAGUUUUUCAAACCACG